AUGGCCUCCAGGAAAGGCUUCUGCGAAUCGUGCAAUCUCAUAACCCCUAACAUUCGAGGAGCAUAUUGCUGUUUCUGUGGAUCCGAGCUCUAUAUUCUCAAUUCAAAGCCCGCCAACCAAUGCGGCACUGAGUCCGAUGUCGUUGCCCCUGCAGAUGCUCACAGCCCACGUCCGGCGCCUACAUACCACAAUGAAAGUGGCCGUGGCACUAUUCUGAUGGAUAGUCCUACACAGACGCCUGCCGUUGUCGAUCUGGUUAACUCGACUUCUAGUGAAGCGUAUGCAAAUCUUCGCGAAGAUAACUCCAAUAUCGGCAAGGACGACGACAUCCUGACACUCUUUUGCCCAUCUACUGGAGGCCAGGAGGUGAACCAGGCACGGGCUUACUCAAGCGCUUCGCAAAAUCCUCGCCGACAGAACCAAGCUACCUUUCGGUCUGGAGCAACAUCUCGCGACAAAACCAAGAAAACCAACAAAAACAAAGAGCACGGGAAACAGCUGAGCACAAUUGGAGUUGCCAGGCGCCGAGCAAGGGACCUACGCUCUCUGUCCUCUCCUGACGUGGAGAGCCGAAAGCGUGGUACCUCAUCAGGCAGACCCAGCAGAAAAGAAAAGAACCCGGCAGAAGUCAAGUCAAACCUUGCUACCUUGCGCACUGUGCUUUGCCACGAUUGGGAGGUCACAGGUCCACGCGUGGCUCUUAUGAAACGCGUCAUCCGCAACAUUCUUGUGAGCCCGUUUGCAGCUCCAUUCAAGGAGCCCGUGGACUUCAUAACACUCAACCUACCCAGCUAUCCCAAAGUGAUCAAGCAACCGAUGGACUUGGGCCGGAUCUUGGAGAAGCUGAACACGAAGAAAUACGACACCGUCACCGACUUUAUCGACGACUUUGAGCUCAUCAUAAACAAUUCCAUCACAUUCAAUGGCCCAGAACACAGUGUCACGACCCAUGCGAGAAAGAUAGAGGCAUCUUUUCUCAACCAGAUGCGAAACUUUCCCCCGACAGAGGUACGGGCAGGUGUCUCAAUCAAGGAAGAGCCCAGAUAGUGAGGCAGAAUCAAAGUGUGGACAUGUGUGCAGGGCUAUUGCAUUGUGGCGUAUGAGGUUCAUCAAUGGGUCACAAGGCAGGGAUUUGCAGAGGAUGACAAAAAUACCUGGAGAUUAAUCACUUGCACGGGAUUGAGCCUACGCUUGGAUCGACUGCCGGAUCGUAGGAGGACGCUGACAUUCGCAAGAGCGUGUGGUGCGAGUACUAAACUCAGCCCAAGUCAGAUGUCCUGGACAAUCUAGUUCAGGAAGAGCUGGGACCUUCAUACGAGCAAAUAUCAUUGUGUAAACCGAAACCCCAAAAACAUACAGAUAGAC